AUGCUCUUUGUGGUUGUAGUUUGUCUUCUCAAAAAUCAAGUAGCGACGCAGGCAUUUCAACGACUUUCGGAUUCUUGUUUUGUUGGUAAUGAGAGCCAAGUAAAUCUCACCAUGAGUACAGCUUGUCCUCUUCUGCCAAGAGUUGAGUUCACGUUUGAAGCUAGCUGCUUAGUUACAUUGGAUGAAAAAGGAAUCACAAACUGGGGAUGUGCUCCUUGCUACUGGAAUGAGAAGCUGGACGCUAUGUGUUACCCCACAGAUCAUCACCAAUACCGUCAUUGCUGCUGUCGGACGUCGGACUGCAACAAACUCCUCGUACUGGAUGCCAUUUUCGGAUGGGGACAUGCAACAACAGAGAACGGAACUUGUCUGUCGGCUUCCUUGUCUGUCAAUGCGAGCGAAGUCACUUGGAAACACAAUUCACCGGAGCACUGUGAAAACGAUGAACCCAUUUGCGUAUUGAAACUGAAACCUUCCUCUGGAGGAAUUGAAUCGAUGCAAGCUGGAUGCAUGAGAAACAGCGAAUACAAUGAGGAAAAUAUUACGUCGUGCAAAAACGGGACUAACGAAUUAGGCGAGAAGGAUGGAUACAAAAGUUGGUGUUGCUACGGCGAACAAUGCAGUAGAAAGCUCUAUCAAAAGCAUGUUUUCAACAUUUUGCAAGAAAUAAGACUCAGAGACGAAGACGGGUACCUGGGGCUAGUAUACAAGGAAAUGUACCAGGCAUCAGAACAUGUGUGGGCUACCGAUCAACUUUAUUAUGAGACGCAACCGAUAUUUGCGUCAAUUAUGUAUGCGUUCAUAACUAUAUACUUCAUCGGGCUCUAUUACAUAUACGUUAAUUAUAGACCGAAGGAAAUGCAUAAGCUGCCACCAAUGGCAAGAAAAAGGCGUACGGGAUCAAUUUCGGAAGACCGAUAG